AUGUUUAGAAUGCUACCUUCUCUCUCUCUCUCUCUCUCUCUCUCUCUCUCUCUCUCUCUAUCUAUCUAUCUAUCUAUCUAUAGAUAUAUCUCUCUUUCUCUCCCUCUUUCUCUCACUCUCUCUCUUUCUAUCUAUCUUUCCUUCUCUCUCUCUCACACACAUUCUCUAUCUAUCUAUCUAUCUAUCUCUCUUUCUCUCUCUCGCUCUAUCUAUUUCUCUUUCUCUAUAUAUAUAUCUGUCUAUCUAUCUAUAGAUCUCUCUCAUCUCUAUCUAUCUAUCUCUCUCACUAUCUAUCUCUAUUUAUCUAUUUAUAAAUAUAUCUCUUUCUCUCCCCCUCUCUUUCUCUCUAUCUAUCUUUCUUUCUCUCUCUCGCACACACAUUCUCUCUCUUUCUCUCUAUCUCUGUUUCUCUUUUCUCUCUCUCUCUCUCUGUAUCUAUCUAUAGAUAUCUCUUUCCCUCUCUCUCUCUCUCUCUCGCGCGCGCGAAAAAAUGAACAAGAAUACACAGUGUCAAUUGCAUCACAAUUAUCUGCGGAAAAAUAA